AUGGAUGAAGAGUACGAAGUUAUUGUUCUCGGCAGCGGUCUCAAGGAGCGUAUCCUCAGCGGUCUCCUCUCCGUCGAUGGUGUCAAGGUCUCUCGAUUCGUCUCUGAUUGGCUUUUGAUUCAUGAUCUGUUUUCGUGGGUUAUUGCUAACAACCGCGGAUUCGUAAUCAGUUACGCUGGAGAUCGAUUCAGUCUCAUGAAUCUCAAGGUACGAACUCUUCACUCUUCACUCUUCACUCUUCAUCACGCCUCUGUUUCGGAGUAA